AUGGUGGACGCCGAGUGUAAGCCGCCGCCGGCUGUAGAGCCAAUGAACAAGACGCACAUGAAGUCUUUUCUUGAUCCAUAUCUAUAUGCGACGAGCGCGUUCAUGAAGAUAAUGGUAAAUCUUGCUGAUGAAAGUCAUAUUGAGAUACUCGCAAGGGCCGUGCAGAAAAAGGCCACUGCAAACGAGAUUUUCUGGAAAGUGGUAGUGGAAGACAUUCCACUUAUUCUUAUAUUCCUUUUGGGAUUUGUAAUAGCUUUUGUGCUGCUGAUUACAUGCAUCGCAGUGUUCAUAUGUAGGUGGAGAUCACCACCUUCAAAUCCCCCAGCUAAUAGCAAAAUUUGGCUGGCAGUAUUUUUUCUUACCGUAUGUGCUAUAGUGACAAUAGUCUGUCUUGUACUCAUUGGUGCAAGCGCCAGCGCUAUAAGCGAUGGUCUGGAAUAUCUGCCUGAACAACUAUCAAAAUCAACAACAGCAGUAGAAAAGUUUGUGCAAGGUCUAUCUCAAACGUUGGAAUGCAACUUCAAAAAAGAGAUCAAAAACUUGACAGAUGAGAUCUUAAUUGCUAAGCAUGAUAUUCUGAACAAAGUUGAAGCUGUACGAAAGUCACUGAAGUACUAUGAUGAAAAGAAAAAGAGCAUUGGAAAACCAAUAAAAGCACUUCAACUACAGACGCAUGACCUGAUAAUUGCCAAUGCCGAUUCCGAACCGCUCAAUGAAUUGGUGGCACUCAUGAAAGCCGUUGAAGUAUCGAACGAUACGCUUGACCGACAUGCUUUGAACCUUGGGUUGAGCGAGCUUGAGAAGAAUGUCAAUGCAUUUGCUGAUCAACGAAAAGCUAUUGAUGAAGCGUUUAGAUCAGUCAUGAACGACACAUUUAAAGGGAUAUUUCCUGCUGUUGUUGAACAUCUAAAAACAAUCUCUGCUUUGGUAGACUACACCAUAGUAAAGAAUGAAUUCAAAACGUGGAUAGGCAUCGUUGCAUUUGGCUUGAUCGCGUUACCAAUACUUUUGUUGAUCCUAAUUUUAUUUUCUCUUGUACUAGUGGUAGUGCGCCUAUUUUGGAAUUAUGCAAUAAGCAAUACACACAGUAGUAAGCGAAGUUUUAUAUCUCACAUAGGAGGAGAAAUGAUGGGCUUUACUGGAUACAUAGCGAUGGGUCUUAGUGUUAUACUCUUCAUACUCACUUCAUUAGCAUUCAUGCUAGCCUUUACUGCUAUGAUGGUGUGCAUUGGCUUCUUCGAAGAUAAAGACCUUAGAGUAUUCCGUGUGGCAGAAGGUGUUGUUAGACAAAAGCACAUGACCGUUAGCAUCGCGGAGAUUUUUUACAAAUGCAAGAAUGACUACACUUUUUUCGACGCAAUGGAUGGCUCUAGACUCAUGGCAGAAGAUGAAAUCAAAAAUAAGAUAGACAUGUUGUUGGUCAGAGAUGCUCAAAGGCUAAUCGACAGGGGCAUACUUGUAUUGGAUGGUCCAAGCAAUUACGAAGUGUUCAUGAAAAACAGUGAGAAAUUGCUCGACAAGUCAGUACUGAACAGAAAAACAGACAAAAACUUGCUUACGAAAAUAAGGAACUCUUUGAAGACUGUAAAAGUACAAGUGAAGGGGCUUGCAAAUGCUGAGAACGCUGUCAUUGCAAAAGUCAGAGACAUAACUUCCAAAAAUUUCAUUCACUAUAUUAGUGGAAUAAAUGAGAAAGUACUGGGCACAGCUCAAAAUUUGUUGGUUGAUCUCAUUGAUAUGUCUCCUCGCUGUGAUAGCAUAAUGGCGAUUUGGAACGAUAUCGGGUGGUACGUGUGUUACCUCAUUGCUCGUCCACUAUCGGGGACAUGGAUGGCGAUCGUGAUAACGGCAUUUUCCUCGGUCAUAAUCUAUCGAGCACUGUUUGAUGCUACAAGAUUUCUCAAGAGUUACAGCGAAACAUCCGAAUCGGUGUCCUAGAUGUUUAGCAUUGCCUGCAGUUCAAAAAACAAAAAGAUCAGCACGUUUUCUCAC